AUGGCAAACUCCACGAUCCAAUGGACUUACAAAAAUGAAUUCGAUAACACGGUCUUGUCGCCAUUCAAAUCAGAGUUCACAAUCACGGCACCCCCUGCCACAGACAUAUGGCGACCCGCAUUCGACAAAGACAACUUCACAGCCCCUUUUCUCUACACCACAAUCCUGACAUCCAAGUUCGUCAGUAUGCGCGUGUGCGUCUCCGGACCCUGGAAGACCAGGUACGAUCAGGGCGGGCUCGUGAUUACUUUCCCAGUCCCGGGUACUGGGCCCCUCCGAUGGGUCAAAGCAGGCAUCGAAUUCGAGGCUGGCGCGCCGAAUCUUGGCGUUGUUGCUACAGAUCGUUUGAGUGAUUGGAGCCUAAGUCCGAUUGCUGACAGGCAGAACGAGGCUGAGUUUGAGCUUGAGAGGGAUGGGAUGGACCUUUGGGUCUACGUGGUGGAGAGUGGUGUAAGACGGGCUUUGAGGCAGGUCACUUGGGCGUUCAAUGAGGGUGUUGGAGAGGAGAUUGAUGUGGGCUUGUAUGCUGCGAAACCGACGUAUGAGCCUGAGGGUACGGGGGGCGAUGGGACGUUAUUGGUGACGUUCAAGGGCUUUAGGCUUAUUACGACUGACGGGGAACUGGAAUAG